AUGUUCAUUAUCCAGACUGUAAGUCUUUUAUUUUCGGGCUUUUCAUGUUUUGCUAUGAUAAAAAUUGUAGUUAACAAGCGGCUCGACGAGUGGGUUGACAAGGAGAACCUGGACUUCUCUACGCUGCAGCUGCCGAAGAAAGACUACAAGUCAUCGGUUGCGCGUGACACAGCCAGCGUAUCUCGCGGAAGCACGCCAGAGCGCGAUACGGUAAUUUCUACGUAUUUUUCGCAGAGCCAUUCUCACAAUAGUAACGGCAACCGACACAAAACAUUUCCGAAGAAACGCAAACAACCGCCAUCAGUUGACGACGACGCGGCUGCACCGGUGGUUGUCCCUACGAAUACUCCGCGCUCUACCGGCUCCAUGGCGAUGCAUCAGGCCGAAGACACCGUCACCCGAAUCAGAAACAUCGAACUGAUCGAGCUCGGUCGACACAGAAUUCAGCCCUGGUACUUUUCCCCUUACCCUCAGGAACUCAGCUCUUUACCCUGCAUAUACCUCUGUGAGUUCUGCUUGAAGUACGUGCGAAGCAAGAAAUGUCUCGAAAGGCAUAUGUCUAAAUGUACGCUGAGGUAUCCUCCCGGUAAUGAGAUCUACCGCAAAGAUACUAUAUCCGUGUUUGAGAUCGACGGACGAAAAAAUAAGACCUAUGCUCAAAACUUAUGCUUAUUGGCUAAGUUGUUUCUGGAUCACAAGACGCUUUAUUACGACACUGACCCAUUCUUGUUUUACGUCAUGACUGAGUGCGACAAUAGGGGUUUCCACAUCGUCGGAUAUUUUUCUAAGGUAAUCACGUUACGCUAACC